AUGGCCGCGCGCCCCGGGCCGCUCUGGCUGCUGGGCCUGGCGCUGUGCGCGCUGAGCGGCGGCGGCGUCCCCGGCCCGCGCCCCCCGCUCGGCUGCCCGCAGCGCCGCCUGGGCCCGCGCGAGCGCCGCGACCUGCAGCGCGAGAUCCUGGCGGUGCUCGGGCUGCCCGGGCGGCCCCGGCCCCGCGCGCCCCCCGCCGCCGCCCUGCUGCCGGCGUCCGCGCCGCUCUUCAUGCUCGACCUGUACCGCGCCGUGGCCGGCGACGACGACGAGGACGGCGGGGCCCCCGAGCGGCGCCUGGGCCGCGCAGACCUGGUCAUGAGCUUCGUCAACAUGGUGGAGCGUGACCCUGCCCUGGGCCACCAGGAGCCCCACUGGAAGGAGUUCCACUUUGACCUGAGCCAGAUCCCGGCCGGGGAGGCUGUCAUGGCCGCGGAGUUCCGGAUUUACAAGCUGCCCAGCACCCACCCGCUCAACCAGACGCUCCACAUCAGCACGUUUGAGGUGGUCCUGGGGCAGUCCCACAGGGAGUCUGACUUGUUCUUUUUGGAUCUUCAGACGCUCCGAUCUGGGGACGAGGGCUGGCUGGUGUUGGACGUGACAGCAGCCAGUGACCGCUGGCUCUUGAACCGUAACAAGGACCUGGGACUCCGCCUCUAUGUGGAAACAGAUGAUGGGCGCAGCGUGGAUCCUGGCCUGGCCGGUCUGCUGGGGCGACAGGCUCCGCGCUCCAAACAGCCUUUCGUGGUCACCUUUUUCAGGGCGAGCCCCGGCCCGGGCCCCGCCCGAGCCCCGCGGGCAGCGAGGCCCCUGAAGAGGAGGCCACCGAAAAGGACCAACGAGCUGCCGCCCCCGAACAGACUGCCAGGGAUCUUCGAUGACGUCCACGGCUCCCACGGCCAGCAGGUGUGCCGUCGGCACGAGCUGUACGUGAGCUUCCAGGACCUGGGCUGGCUGGACUGGGUCAUCGCCCCCCAAGGCUACUCAGCCUAUUACUGUGAAGGGGAGUGCUCCUUCCCGCUGGACUCCUGCAUGAACGCCACCAACCACGCCAUCCUGCAGUCCCUGGUGCACCUGCUGAAGCCGGACGCGGUCCCCAAGGCGUGCUGCGCGCCCACCAAGCUGAGCGCCACCUCCGUGCUCUACUACGACAGCAGCAACAACGUCAUCCUGCGCAAGCACCGCAACAUGGUGGUCCGCGCCUGCGGCUGCCACUGA